AUGUCCCCAAGGAGAAUAACUGCACGCUUAUUGCUCAUCUUACCAUUCCUCCUCUUGCUCUUACUCGUUCUCUCUCUCGCUCAUUUUCUGCCUCAUCAGCACCAUAUCCUCAAGAAAUCAAGCAAGACAAAGUUUAGGAACAUCGUAGGAAAUGGGAUAGGGAAUCAACACCUCACUGCCACCGAGGGAGGAACGAACGACACCUUCCCGCUCUGUCCUUCUGUGCAACCCCCAAGAGCGCUAGAAGAACGACAUGCGCUGGACCGCGCCCUCGCCGAAGUGCGCCAAAUCGUAGAGCAGACACAGGGGUUCUUCGUACGAGACUGGAGUCUCUGGCUAGGGUGGAACAACAUGAAAUAUAUAAUCGAGACUUCUCUCAACCAGGCCCAGCUGCUGAACCGGACUCUCGUACUACCAAGUUUUGUCUACCUCCGAUCUUGUGACUUCCCCCUAGAAGUAUGUGGCGCCUACGCCCAGCAAGUUGACAGAACUGUUUCCGGAUCGGACGAGUUCCUCCGCUACCCAGAAGAAGAGAGGCAAGCCUGGCGCGUGCCUGUCUCCACGAUGUUCCGCCUCCCUCCCUCGGAAGCAGUCAUCACCCUUUCCCAGUUCCUAGCACUGCAAGGGCUAUCCCCAAGCCUAGAGAGAGCUGAUGGACAAUUCGACACUUCCUACCUCCUCCCAGGGGUUGGGCUACUCAGUAUCCCGAACGAGGAAUACGACCCGGCUUCGUUCCUCCGGCUGGAUCGGCUGCCUCCGCAGACCGAGGAGGAGCGGAACGAGAGCCUGCGGGAGGAACUCGAUAGGAUGAGGAGCGGGACGCACCUCCUAGCGUGGAAUAGCGUGCAAGACGUCGUCAACCGCGUCCUCUCUCUCUCCCCAGCACCCGAUCCCAGCUCAGACGAAACCCUCAUCAGGAUUGUGCAGCCGUACGACCUCAUCCCUGUGUAUUCAUACCACCUGCGCGCGUCUGAUCUGAGUAAACGACUCACAGCGCCGUACAAGGCGUUUGUGAGACGUAGGGAAGCGAGAGGGUGGGUGGAGGAUUAUUCGCUUCCCGGGGAGGAGGGGGAGGGGGAAGUCGUAUGGUUACAGGGAGAAGUGCAUAAUCAGCGAAGACCUGGCAGUAUGUGGUUCCAUGCCUCCGAAGCGAGAGACGCCUACGCCCGCCUCGUCCUCUAUACGAUGCGCUUCCCGCCUUCGGUCGACGUCGUCGCUGACCGCCUAGCGGAGCGUAUGCUCACCAGAACGGGUGGGAGGAUGUGGAUGGCCGCUCAUAUGCGGCGUGGGGACUUCACGACGUUCUCCUGGACCCAAACGCCAGCGCUAGAGCAGCACCUCCAGCGGAUCCAGAACUCCCUCUCACGUGGGCGAGCGCUGCUCACCUCCCUCUCCACUACAAGAUGGCAAGACUUCCAUCUCCCUCCCGUAGCCGACGUCCUCCCCAACCUCUAUUGGUCCUCUACCGACCCACCUGGGGAGGGAGACUCCUUCUAUCUAGCGACAGACGAGCGUUCCCCCUCACAUCUAGCCAAGCUCCGGCGAGCGGGGGCCGUCCUCCUCCCCGACCUCCUAACAGCCGAGGACAGGCAGCUCCUAGGCCCCCAAGCCCUGUUCACCGAUUUCCUCAGCCUUGUAGAGCAGGCGAUGCAGGUGAGAGCAGCGUAUUGGACCGGGAAUACUUUGACCAGUGUGGCUGGAGCGGUGGGGAAUGCGAGGGCGGCGAGGGGGUGUGAGGAGAGGACUACGGCUAUGGAUUCGUAG